GGCUGACGGUUUCUAGCUGAAUUGAAUGUGUCGUAUUGCUAUGAUUCGUUGAGCUAUCUUGUGUUUUGUACUGAAGCAUCUUUCAGUUCUGCAAAAAGUGAGUAAUUGCCCUGAAGCCUGCAGGGAGGCUGUGUCGUCCCUGAUGUUUGCUGCUGCAAGAUUUUCUGAUCUCCCCGAGUUACGUGACCUUAGGCAAUUAUUUCAAGAGAGAUAUGUGAAUUCCCUGGAACAUUUUGUGAAUCAAGAGUUUGUGGAUAAAUUAGCCGGGAAGCAUGCCACAAUGGACAAAAAGGUACAGUUAAUGCAAGACAUAGCAUCAGAGUUUUCAAUAAAAUGGGAUUCAAGGGCUUUUCAACAGAUGAUGUCUAAACCCUCAGCAUCUCCACAGGACCAACCUAGAAGUCUUGGUUCUUCCAAUGUCCCUAAGGAUAAAUAUAAAUCAGUUAAUGGCAAGGAGACUAGUCCACGAGAAAACAAACAUGAUGUUUCAUAUAAAGAUACACUUCCACGUGCAGGUGAUGGCCACAGAUUGCACAAUGGCAAAGAGAGUAAUGCAUUGAAAAGAAAUGAGCUUAUCCUUCAGCCCAGACAUGUUUUCGCAAGUGAUGGAUACAAGCCAGUCGGUGGCAGGGAAGAAACUGUCCAUAAAAUGGACCAUAAUGGUGUUUCACUCCAGGGAAGACAAGAAUUCAUUGGUGAUAAGCAUGAAAAUUGGGAUAGGAAGGAGGAUACUGCCCUAAAAACAGUGAGAGCAAGCAGUUCAUCUCAUGGGAGAAGAAUGGAACAUAUUGAUGGUACAUUCAAGCCACUUGGUGGUAGGGAGAAUGCUGUACCUAAGAGAGAGAGCAAGGACAAUUUACCUUAUGGAAAGGCAUACAUUGCUCCUAGUUAUGCAGAACAGCAUUCAAAAAGCAAUGGAAAGGACCUACUUGACUCUGAUAGUCGUGGUGGACAGCACAAUAAUGCAAAUUCAAUAAGAAAAGUUCGGGAUGAAGAAAUAGUUAAGUUGAAGCCCCAUUACAAUAGUGCCCUCCCCCCUCCUUAUGUUAAACGCAAUGCUAAACUGAAGGAUGGAAAAUAUGAAGCCAAUAUAGGAUCUUCACCUUUUCGUUUCGAUGGUGAGGGGGUCCCUAAACAUCCUUCAGUACCUAUCACAGCUAAUGGUGCUGAUAUAUCAGAGAGAAUCCAAGUAGGACCAGAUCAUCGUGAACAUGAGAGGCAUAUUGUUGGAUCCACGAGAGCUAAUACUCCUGAUGAUGAGAAAGAUCGUAAUUGUGAGGAUGAUGCUACAGGAAAUCCAAUACGAAAAGCAAGAUCUGUGCGGAGGAGACACCUGAGAUCACCAUCUGGUCAUGACAAUGGUGACGAUGCCGGAGAUGCAGGAGUUUCAAAAAGAAAAUCAAGAAGCAGGAGAAGGGAAGACUCAAGAAGAGGCCUCCAAAUCUUGUUUGACGAUGAGCACUAUCAGAAGAAUGAAGAGGAAAGGAUGAUAGAUAAACUGUUAAUGCAUUAUAGUAAGAAACCUUCGACCUAUGAAGAGGGGUAUGUGAGAAGGAAGUCCAAAAGUCGUCAAGCACAUCACGAGGGAAAUGAUAAUGGUGAGACACCUCAGGCUCAUAGGUGGGAUGUGUCUGAUGAUAUGUCAGAGGUGGCUCCUCCAGUUAGAUCAGUUUCCUUUCCACAUGAACAGCCAGCUUCAUCAGAGGCAAAAAAAGUGUUUACUCGUGCUGCUUCCUUUCAACCCGAUGGUAGAUCGAAUGCAGCUGGACAUGUGCAUCCAAAGUUACCAGACUAUGAUGAUCUGGCAGCCCGGUUUGCAGCACUGAAGGGGAGGUAAAAGCUAUGAGCAAAUGAAUAUCAUUAGCAGCAUAUAGAGUUUUAUGUGAUAAUCUUGUAUUUGUCUCCCUGAGUUUGGUUCUGUGUUGAGAAGGGAGAAUUGGGGAUGGCUUUCUUCCUCUCCAUCGCCAAUAAGCAAAGUGCCCUCAGAGGGUUGGCCCAAAAUAGCAGUUAUCCAAUGAUAGUGAGUAUAGUCUUGUGUGUAUAUGAGCCAGCAUUAUAUUUUUCGGCAGUCAUGAUUGCACGAACAUGUAUACUGAUUUCAGUUUAACUUCCAGAUACAAUGGUAGUGAAAGUUGUAAUGUUGCAUUUACUGAAAAUGAUAGAAAUUGAUAUUGAUGUUGUUUCGCCUGCAUUGGUGCUCUUUUUAA